UCUAGUCGCACACACAAAUGAGAUGUUAAUAAAGUGUUGAAUGUGGAAGAAGACGUGGAAAUUAAGUCUCAAAGUGUCGAAGUGGUACACAUACACACACGAUUAUAUUUACGCGUAAAAGAAACGCUAAACGAAUUUAUGUUUACAUAUCUACAUGCAUACAUACAUAUACAUAUAGUACUCGUAGUGCAAACGUAGUUCACGUAGUAAAUUCAUAUCUGUGUUUUUGUGUGUGUGUAAAUUAUUUGGUGACAUUCUAAGUCGGGCAACUUUAGUAACUUUUCGCCAUUCUGUUAUCCCUGCUGCUUCCUCAUGACCACAGCAAAAAUUGCCAAGAGUCUCUUCCCCGGCCCGAUACCUUGGUAUUCAACGAAGAUGUUCCAUUGGUCAUUGAUCGUCAGCUUGUUGGGUUUGCUGACAGCUGCGCUGGGCGCCUAUUGCGGCUGGUUCCUGUUCCCCAACAUUGUCGAUAAGAAGGUGGAAGAGAGUGUAAUUAUUGCUGAUGGCUCUGAACAAUACAAGCGAUUCGUUCAACUCCCACAGCCGUUGACCUUCAAAGUGUAUAUUUUCAACGUGACCAACGCGCAUAAGAUACAACAAGGCGCCAUUCCAAUUGUGGAGGAGAUCGGACCCUAUGUAUACAGGCAAUAUCGUCGCAAGAAGGUGAAGCACUUCUCACGUGAUGGUUCUAAGAUUAGCUAUGUGCAGGAUCAGCACUUUGAAUUUGAUGAAGAAGCCUCAGCACCGUACACACAAUCCGAUCACAUUGUGGUGCUCAAUAUGCAUAUGAAUGCGUUUUUACAAGUGUUCGAAAGAGAAAUAACUGAUAUAUUUCAGGGUUUUGCGAAUAGAUUAAACCAUAGGCUCAACCGUACGCCAGGCGUUCGUGUAUUGAAACGUCUGAUGGAGCGCAUACGUGGGAAACGUAAAUCGGUGCUGACGAUCGCCGAGAAUGAUCCGGGCUUGUCGUUGUUGCUGGUGCACUUGAAUGCCAAUCUGAAGGCCGUCUUCAACGAUCCCAAAUCGAUGUUUCUCGCCACCACCGUGCGUGAGUUUCUCUUCGAUGGCGUGCGCUUCUGCAUAAACACGAAUGGUAUUGCGAAAGCUAUUUGUAAUCAAAUCAAAGAGGGCGGCUCCAAGACGAUACGUGAACUGAGCGACGGCAGUUUGGCAUUCUCAUUUUUCAAUCACAAAAACGGCACUGGCAAUGAAGUGUACGAAGUGCAUACGGGCAAAGGCGAUGCACAGCGUGUGCUCGAAAUUCAGAAACUCGACGAUUCACACAAUCUUCAGGUGUGGCUGAAUGGUUCCGAGGGCGAAACUUCUAUGUGCAAUCAAAUCAAUGGCACUGAUGCUUCAUCGUAUCCCCCCUUCCGCAAACGUGGUGAUUCUAUGUACAUUUUUAGUGCGGAUAUUUGUCGUUCGGUGCAGUUAUUCUAUCAAAGUGAUAUACAGUAUCAGGGCAUACCCGGUUUUCGCUAUUCGAUCGGUGAGAAUUUCAUCAACGAUAUUGGCCCGGAGCACGACAAUGAAUGCUUCUGUGUGGAUAAGCUGGCAAAUGUGAUAAAACGGAAGAAUGGUUGCCUAUAUGCGGGCGCGCUGGAUCUGACGACCUGCUUGGAUGCACCGGUUAUAUUAACAUUGCCGCAUAUGUUGGGCGCCUCCAAUGAGUACACGAAAAUGAUACGCGGACUGCGGCCGGACGCGAAGAAGCAUCAAACAUUCGUGGAUGUACAGCACCUCACCGGCACCCCGUUACAAGGCGGCAAACGCGUGCAGUUCAACAUGUUCUUGAAGAGCAUCAACCGCAUCUCAAUAACGGAAAAUUUAACAACGGUACUUAUGCCCGCCAUUUGGGUUGAGGAGGGUAUUCAACUCAACAGCGAAAUGGUCGCCUUUUUCAAAAAGAAACUUAUAAACUCGCUCAAAACGCUCAAUAUCAUUCAUUGGGCGUCGAUUUGCGGUGGCAUUGGCGUGGCCGCCAUAUGCCUGAUAUAUUAUGUAAUACAACGUCGAAAGCCGGAAGCGGAAGUGGCACCGCUAAAAUAAGUAUUUCUACUGAAGAACUGUUGAGGUUUAUUAAACAAGCGAUAUUUU